UGGCAACUAGGGGCAAACAGAGGGACUAUCAGAAUCCACAUCAAGUGUCUCCAGCUAGUCACUAGCUUUUUUGUUCUUUGUAACAUCAUGAUGAAGGAUAUUUAUGAUUUGACAUCAACGCUCUUAAAGUGGAGCUGAGGUCACCAGGUGAAUGAUAUGCUGGUUCUGACUGUACUAUUUUUCUAAGAUCUAUGCAGAUUCGCAUUUGAUCUCGCCACGCUGGGGAAACACUCCCCUGAGCAGAAAUGUCGCAGACUAGGAGUUGCUGGGUGCACUCAGAUCAUGUAUAUUGCACUUGUUGCUACACCAAAAUGUAGCCAGAAAUCUAUUAUCUUGAAAGUGUACCUGGACAGCAAUCACCAGAGAACAGCAGAAGUCCCCAUUACACCCGAAACAACAUGUAAAGAUGUGAUAGAGUGCUGCAAAGAACCUGGAGAGGAGAUCUGCCAUCUUGCAGAAUUAUGGAGGGGAAUUGAGCGCCCUGUGGCAGACCAUGAGAAGCCCUUUGAGAUACUGCAGCAGUGGGGUAUCCACAGGGACGAGGUUCAUUUCUAUCUCCGCCAUGAGCCAGCUGUGCCUCCACACCUACAGGCCAGGCUAGAAAACCUAGGCCGCAGAAAUCGCAGACGGAAUGGGGUGAGGGAAGUUACAGCUGAUAAUGGAUUGCCCAGCGGCGUGGACCUCACUCUGAGUGAGCUACAAGAAAUGGCCACCAGGCAGCAGCAGCAAAUCGAGACACAGCAACAAAUGCUUGUGGCCAAGGAACAACGCCUAAAGUUCUUGAAACAGCAAGAACUCAAGCACCAACAGAUAGCGUCUGAAAAUGAAAAGUUGAGGAAAUUACGAGAGAAAGUGGAAGUUCAAGAGCUGAAGUUAAAGAAGCUGAGAGCUUUGAGAGGCCAAGUGGAACAGCACCGCCACAGCAAUGGAAAUCUGAUGUCUGAACUAGAGGCCAUCAAGUCUGUGUUCAAUGAGAAGGAAAAGGAACUUAGCCUGGCAGUCAACAAGGUGGAAGACCUGACCAGGCAGUUGGAGGAAGUCAAGAGGGGCAAGGUGAAUGGAGGCAAUGGAGAUGGCACCACUAAUAAAUCCACUGCUGUCCUGGAACUUGAGAAGUUGAGGAAAGAGUUAAUGAUCCGUAACAAGCUCAAUGAACAGCAGAGCUCCAAGUUAACUUUGUACAGGGAAACUUUGGCAAAGCGUAAAGAUGAAAAUUCUUUCUUGGACAACCGCAUUGAAGAACUACAGCAACGUUUGAAAAGAAAACGAGCUCAACAGCAGCAGCAAAAUGUGAACAAAUCUAGUGGCACAGGUGUUCAAGGCACAAACAAAUUCAUGGGACGUCAGUUAAAUUCAAAUGUUGCUGCCGUGGAACCCUAUAUUAAACACACACCAAAGGAUGUUACAAAAGAUGAUAUGUUUUCUGAGGAUCUGAAGCCAUUUGCUCCCAACAAGAAUGAUCCCAAAUAUCAGACUCUGCCGUAUAAUUUGAGAUUCCCAGGAAGUGAGACAAAGCAAGAGAAUGAUGAAGGCAAAACUUCAGACCAGGCCAAUAAGAAAGAGUUUGGGAAAGUUACUGAUUCAAAACCAGGGGCACCCACAAAGGAGGCAAUGAAACCCACAGACGACAAUGUUCCAAAAAUAGUUACAGGGCCACAGAAGCCCAUCAGCAGUGUUCCUCAACACAUGAAUAAACCAUAUGCCCCUACAUUCAGUAGCACCUCCUCACUUGGAGGGAAUAAAAGUAUAAGUAUUAUUCGUGGGCAGCCUGAGGGAUUAACAACUAAUGAACAGUCGCCUUCACUGUCAGAACUCGGCUCAAGCAGGGAUCAGAUAUAUACUAGCACGCCAGUCACUGCAACCCCUACCACUGCAGGAAGCACUGCUCCUUACGCCACACAGCCCUCGGUAGGAACCACCGCUACAACCACUGUCUCAACACCAACACGCCCCCCUCAGGAGAGAGUUUUCUCUGGUCCUGUGCCUCAGCGCCCACCCCUGGAACAAAACAGGGGCCCUGUACCCUUCAGGAGGCCUGGGGACACAGACCCCAGUAUCCGAAACCAGGCUCCCCCUCCUUUUUACCAAGGAGGCCCAGUCAGGGGGGUGGCUCCACCACACCCACAGGCACCCCAACCUAGACUGCCAACCCAACCUAAUGACAAUAGGCAAACUACUACUUCUUCUAGUGGACCGAAUACAAAUGGAAAAGGCUAUGACAACAAACAAAUAGCACCGCAACAAAGUAAACAAAUUCUGGAUAACCGUAAUGGUGGUGGUGACCAGAGGUAUGACCAGAAACCUCUCCCGAGCAGGACAUUUUAUAGUGCACAGGAGGUCCCUCCCAGGACAUCUGUGCCUGGGUAUGGUCAGCAGCCUGCUGGGGUGGCCCCAAGUGACCACACCGUGACGUCCACUAUGCCCGCUGUAGUUAGGAGCUCUGUAACCACCAGCCCAGCCACAUCUCUGACUGGGAAUAAACCCACCUAUCGCUAUGCACCCAAGAGUGUCAUAGCUAACACAUAUAUGAAAAAACUGGGCACAGAUGCCCUGGAUAACUACAGAAAGAACAUGGCCCAACUUUAUAAGGAUUUUUACCCCAAGAAGAAAGAGGAGGGUGAGAGCAAGACAAAUGAGUGGCAACAACAACAACCAGCCACAGCUAGUGGUCAGGCUGGUAAGUCUGCGUCCACUCUGCAGCCGGGUAGUCCUACAGCCAAAGUUCGACCAUUGAAUUACCCACCUAAUACCGAGGAUAGCAACAGACAACAGGGGCUACAGCCACCAAAGGGUUACAGCCAUACAACUGAGGGUAUCCCUGGGGAGGCCAGACCAUUAAGCCCAAGUAAAUUUGCUGCUUUUGGUGGUCCGUCACAACCACAUUUUCUCCACAUCGACAAAAUGGGACGCCACCAUCAGAGAACAAGGCGUAGAUCUUCUUCAGAGUCAUCAGUUGAGGAAGUUCCUGCUAAGCAGGCUUCGCCAUUUUAUCACCCAGAGAAAACAUCUGCACACCAGCAGCAACAACCUUUGGAGCAAGGUACAGGUAAUGGAUACAGUUACCCACCACACCCUCCUACCUUGGCAGAGGAGGCGCCCCCUACACCUGUGUCAGCCCAGCCUGAAGGAACAGAGGUCCAAACAAAGUCACAGACUUCCUCUGUGUUUUUACGCAAGAAGACUAAUUUGAAAACUGGAAAGUCUGUCAAGAAUUCCAGAAGGGUCAGCUUUGAUCCACUGGCCUUGCUUCUGGAUGCCUCUCUGGAAGGAGAACUAGAUCUGGUCAAAAGAGUCACAAAAGAGGUUCCAAACCCCAGUCAGCCCAAUGAUGAAGGCAUCACUGCACUCCACAAUGCUAUCUGCGCUGGACAUUAUGAAAUUGUCACAUUUUUGGUAGAAUAUGGAGCCGAUGUCAACUCGCCUGACAGUGAUGGCUGGACUCCUCUUCAUUGUGCAGCUUCAUGCAACAACCUGCCUAUGGUGAAAUUUUUGGUUGAACAUGGGGCAUGCAUUUUCGCCACGACCAUAAGUGACCAUGAAACUGCUGCUGAGAAGUGUGAAGAAGAUGAAGAUGGCUAUGAUGGAUGUUCAGAAUAUUUGUACAGUGUCCAGGAAAAGCUUGGUAUUCUUAACAGCGGAGUGGUAUUUGCUCUGUUUGAAUAUGAAGCACACAAUCCUGAUGAGUUGAGCUUCAAACCAGGAGACAAGCUUACUGUACUCAGAAAGGGGGAUGAGAAUGAGAAGGAAUGGUGGUGGGCCAAACUGGGCGACAAAGAGGGAUACAUCCCAAGGAAUCUAUUUGGGUUUUAUCCCAGAGUGACACCACAGCGGGAGUUUGCUGAACUCCAGGAUGCCUGAACAUGACAUACUUCACUAGUCUGGCAGAUGAGGACUGGAAUGGAAGAUUUGUUCAUCCGUUCACUAGCUGGGUUCUACUAAAAAAAAAUUUAAUAGGACAAUCAUACCAUUGGAAGAAGAAAUGAUUUAACGGAGAAAAAAAAUGUUAUUCAUUUUCAACCUUAUUAUUCAUAUUUAAAUAAGCUUCACUUUUAGUGCAAUAUAUGUGCAUCAGAAUGCCAUAAAUACUACAUUUUGAGGGACUGAUAUCGAUUCAUCAAAGUAUCGCUUGAAUUUUAAUGUAUUUUUCAUUGCCUAUUUCUGUUUUGGUUGAGGACAAUUAUUUAACAAAAUUAUUCACAAAUCAAAUUUAUAAGUCAUACAACCGUCCACUAAGAUAAAGUUCAAUUUAACAUGUCUGCAGCAAGGUGAUAUUGAAAAAAAUAUUAAGGGAUGUCAAUUUUUAAACCAAGUCUUAUAUAUAAGAUUGUUGACUGUUUGCAAGUGUUAAGUGAAAGAUACAAUUGUACAUAAAGAUAUUUUACUACAAUGCAUGCCGAUCUAACAAUAAAUAAUGAUUUCUUAAUGUC